AUGGAUUUUCUCAACCAAAUAAGGAAGCGACAGAGGGAACUGAAGUUGUCAAAUAUUUUAAAUUUCUCACCGUUAACAAAUGAAGAGAGGAAGCAUUUAAUUAAAAUAUACGGCCUACUCGCCGUAGGAACAAUGAUAACUGCAUUGAGUUGCUAUGUUGACAUAUAUUUUUUGAAAAUCCCGAGAUUUAUAGCGUCCAUGGUUAGCUUAUUUUGUUCCUUUGCCUUGGCUGGGUCAUGCAGUUAUUCUCAUUAUGGAAACAUCUUACCAGGUGCAUCGAAAAAGAGGUUACUUUAUUUUGCCGGCAUAUCAUCUUCCAUCGGAAUUUUGAUGAGUGAUUAUAUUGCUUACGUUAAUUACCUCAACCCGUCCAUUCUCCCCUUGGCCUUUUUUGGAAGUCUGUCUAUAUUUUCGUGCUUCUCCUUGUCGGCUAUAUUUUCCAAGAACAGAAUUUCCCUUUUCCUUGGAACGGUAUUAUGCGCUGUGUGUUCCUACGUAGCGCUGAUUUCAUUUAUGAACUUUUUUAUAAGGUCACGAUAUAUUGACGCCACCUUGUUGUACGUUGGAUUUUUUAUGUACAUGGGAUUCGUCCUAUUCGACACCCAAAUAACGUUGUUCGAUUUUCGCCGGGGAAACAAGGAUUACAUAAUGCACUCCAUUUGCCUGUAUCUGGAUUUGGUGGGACUCUUUACGCACUUAUUAAGGAUAUUGGGUCAGAAAGAAGAAAAGAAGAAGAAAUAA